UCAAUAUUUUAUUUUGUUUUGUCUACUAAUCUGUGUGUGUGACUUUUGUGGUGAUUUUGUGUAGCGAUUUGCUAGUUUUGAUUUUUGAAAUAGACUAAAGUAAGAAGUUGUGUUGUGAAAAAACCAAUUGUUUGGGGAGCGAACAUAAUAAUGCAUCAUGGUGAAUGUUAUGAAAGGAGUUCUUGUUGAAUGUGAUCCAGCGAUGAAACAGUUCUUGCUCCACCUGGAUGAGACACUCGCACUCGGCAGAAAGUUUAUCCUUCAAGACCUGGACGAAACACAUCUGUUCAUCUCGUCUGACAUUGUUGACACACUGCAAGCCCGAGUUGACGACUUGAUGGACCAACUCAGUAUUCCAGUGCACGAUAAAGGAUUAUAAUUUAUUAAUUUCAUAAAGUAACCA